AUGAGAGAAGCCAAUCAGUCGCUUGUAACUGACUUCAUUCUUUUGGGUUUCUCCAAUCUCCAUGAAUUUCAGAUCAUCCUGUUUAUGCUUUUCCUUGUAGUAUACCUAAUAACCUUGAUAGGAAGCUCCCUCUUAGUGUUGGUCUCCACUGUGGACCCUGCCCUUCAAACCCCCACGUACUUUUUCCUCAGGAACCUGUCCCUUAUGGAUAUAGGUUACACCACUGUCAUCACCCCCAAAAUGCUCACCAAUUUCCUGUCCAAGGAUAAAAGUAUUUCCUUUGGUGGCUGUGCAGCCGAGAUGUAUUUUGUCUUCUUUUUCGGGCCCUCAGAGUGUUGGAUCCUGACAACUAUGGCUUAUGACAGAGAGGCUGCCAUCUGUGACCCACUCUGCUAUUCGCUCAUAAUGAACCAGAGGUUCUGUUUGCAGCUGGCCCUGGCUUCCUGGCUAACAGGGAUUCCAGUGGCAACAACACAGACUACCAUGAUGUUUACAUUGCCCUUCUGUGGGCCUAAUGUGAUUAAUCAUUUCGUCUAUGAUAGCCCUCCUCUCUUAGACCUGGUGUGCACGGACACUUUUGCACUUGAGGUAUACAGUGUAACUGGGAGUGUGAUCAUCCUGAUACUCCCAUUUGGAGUGAUCAUUUCAUCUUACGUCCGCAUCCUUGUCACCAUCCUGAAGAUGUCCUCCGCCGAGGGCCAUCGCAAAGCCUUCUCCACCUGCUUGUCCCAUCUCAUUGUGGUCUCACUGUUCUUUGGGGCUGUGGGUUCGACUUAUUUCCAGGUGAAAGCCUCCUACUCUCCUGAGAUCAAGAAGGUGCUUUCUCUCUCCUAUUCAGUCUUCACUCCCAUGCUAAAUCCCCUGAUCUACAGUCUGAGAAAUCAAGAGGUGAAAAGUGCUCUGAAGAGGAUUCUGCGUAGAAGAAUAUCUUCCCAAGAUCUGAGAGGCUCUGACUUGUCAAGACAGGUUCCUCUGCUCCUGAUCCACUCCUAUUUACAGGAUUACUACCCUGUUCUUCCAGGAAAUACUCCCCCAUUUGUAUUUAAACAGAUGCUAGCCAUGUCUGAAAAUAGAAUUAUGGAUUUGAAUUUUGAAGCAAAACUAAUGUUUUCACUCUUUUUAGUCUUCCUUGGACUCAGCACAGCCCACAGCCCCGCUUCUCCAAAAGGGCAAAGCCCUCCGGUGGAUCUUCAAAUUACAAUUCUUCCUAUUCAGAGAGAACCUCAGAGAGGGGAGAAGCAGGCUAAACUUCCUGGUGACAUAAAAUUCAACGCCUGCAGCCAAGGUUCAACUCCUGCAGCCAGCCCCUUGGUGCUUGAAAUAUUUAAUAUAAAAGCUUUAAUAAAGCUAAAAAUUAGAACAACUUUUUGCUACUACAGCCCCAGGAAGGAGGCGGAGCUGAUGCUUGUAUUUAAUUACACUGGGUUCUUCUGGAAUGAGAUUUUGGUAGCUAUGGAGCAAGUGAAAUCAAGCAAGAGUCUUUCUGUCAUCCUUUGA